AUGAGCAAUCAGAGCUCAUCUCCACAGCCGGUAUGGACGCCUCGACUGGCCGGCAAGACCCCCAUGGACAUAUACCGCCAACACGUCAACAAGCGAUACUCCCAAAACUUGAAGACAUCUCGAGAUCUACAAAGAUGGAGCGUGCAAAGUCCGCAUGAAUUCUGGAUAGACCUCUAUUCAUAUCUCGGGCUGGUCCCGGAGCUGCCUACGGGAAUCCAAAAAGCCUACGAUGAUACGGUUCCGAUGAGCUCCAACCCGCCCUUCUUCCUGGAGGUCCUGAUGAACUAUGCCGAGAAUGCCAUGUUCUCGAAUCCGGAUCCCAAUGCGAUAGCCUUGAUUGGCCUUCGAGAGGAUACAGACCUUGACAAGAGUGACGGCGAGAUCCUCACUUGGUCUGAAUUUCGAGAAAAGGUGCGGUUGACCGCCAGCGCUCUUCUCCAAUGUGGCGUGAAGAAGGGUGAUCGAGUCGGAGCUUUGGUUGCGACGUCGAUAUGGGCAAUGGUGUUGUUCCACGCCAGCGCGAGUAUAGGAGCCAUCUUUACAUGCAUAUCGCCGGAUCUAGGACUAGAGGGAUGCGUGUCACGACUCCAGCAGGUCACGCCGAGUAUCUUAUUCGCCGAUUCGCAUACCGUGUAUAAAGGCAAGGCCGUGUCGACUCUGGACAAGGUCAAGAGUAUUCUCAAUCGUCUCAGCCCACAGCCGCAACUCUACAUUGUCCCUCUCGCGGAGGAGACGGCAUCGUUUCCCUUGGUCGACGACUUCAUCCACAAAGCGGAUCCAUCGUAUAAGCUGGAAUUCGUGCGGGUGCCGUUCAACUAUCCCCUGAUGAUCUGCUACUCAAGUGGCACUACUGGGGCUCCGAAGUGCAUCGUUCAUCAACACGGCAUGAUCAUCCAGUUGAAGAAGAUCGCCGUCAUUCACAAUUCCACUACACACAAAGAUGUCAUCCUCCAAUAUUCCAGCACAUCAUGGGUCGUCUUCUACAUCAUGUGCGGCUACUUCGCCUGCGGCGCCACAACUCUCGUCUACAACGGCAGCCCCAUGUACCCUUCCACCGACCAACUCCUCCGCCUCGUCGAAAAGUACCGCGUCACCUAUUUCGGCACGUCCCCUCGGUAUCUCCUCGAAGUGCAAAUGGCCAAUGUCGUGCCGAAAGAGUCCUUCGACUUGUCGUCACUCCGCAUCGUGUACACCACGGGAGCCACUCUGUCGUCGGAACAGUACCGCUGGUUUUACAAGAAUUUUCCGAGACAUGUGCAUUUGUGUAAUACGGCGGGUGGCACGGAUACCGCAACGAGUUUGAUCGCUGCGGAUCCGACGAGUCCGAUUUACGCGGGGGAGAUGCAAAUCUACGCCCUCGGCAUGGACGUGGACAUCGCCGACCCCACCACGGGCGCCUCUAUCGCUGACUCUGGUGAAGCAGGCGAGAUGAUCGUCCGGCAACCCUUUCCCAGCAUGCCAUGUUUCUUCUGGGGCGACACGGACGGGUCGAAGUAUCGAUCGAGUUACUUUGAGCGGUUUGAUACGAUCGAUGUCUGGGCGCAACAUGAUUGGUUGCAGAAGAUGCCGGGAACGGGCGGGUUGGUGAUGCAUGGGAGGAGCGAUGGGGUGUUGAAUCCAUCAGGCAUCCGCUUCGGCUCCGGCGAGAUCUACGCCAUAGUCGAAUCCCCACCCUUCACCUCGUCCAUCUCCAACACCCUCUGCGUCGGCCGGCGCCGGCCUCAAGACGCCGACGAAGACGUCUUCCUCUUCCUCGUCAUGUCUCCCUCCGCGACUUUCACCCCGCAGCUGUCCUCCGACAUCAAGUCCACCAUCAGAAGAGAGCUGUCCCCAAGACAUGUUCCGAGAUUUGUCAUUCCCGUGCCGGCCAUUCCGGUGACGAUUAAUGGGAAGAAGGUCGAGGCGGCGGUCAAGCAGACUUUGGGAGGGAAGGAUGUGGUGGCUAGUAAUACUGUGCUGAAUCCGGAGUCGAUUGCGUAUUUCCGUCGAUUUAGAGAUUUGGAGCGGGAACCGAAGGAGUCGAAGAUGUAGGAUGUUGUUGGCUUCAACAUGGACAGCACCCUUUUGGCAUGGAUUCGGGAUACCGGCGUCGCUUGGGGUGACCCCGUAUGUGCAGUCAUAUACUGGAGGGUAUCUAGAUCUCUAUACAACAGAGGCUCGCGGCUGGUUCAGCACAGAUAUGGACGUUUAUAUGCUCG